AGGAGACGAGAGAGAGAAGAAUGAUGGGGAAAAAAGAUCCAAUGGCCUUUUGAAUUAUUAAGCACAGGGGUAUUUGGCUGAAGGAAAUAGAGUAAAAGAGAGAGAGAGAAAGAGAGAGAGAGUUGUGGGAGUGUUUCUCUGUACUGAUGCUCCUCUUCUUCAGACCCACCAUAGCGUGGGUAAUUCUGCUUACACCAGCAGGUUCCUGUGAUGUAGUAAGUCUGAUGCACACAGGAAUGAGUAAACAUCAAGAAGAGAGGAAAGAGAUGGGGAGAAUAAAAUUAGAGCCAAAAGAGAGGAGUAGAUCAUAUAACAGCACACUCUUCUGUGGCCGUUUCAGUUCCUCCGCUUCAAAUGCUAGCUCUCUUCCUCUCUUUAACGCUCCCUCUCCGCCUCUCUCUCUCUUCCUCUCUUCCUCCUCGGGAUGAACAGCGGCAGCAGCAGGGCUGGGAAUCCAUCGACCUGCAAAAGCUUCACCCCUCCUCCCUCUCACUCCACUCUCUUUUCCUGCUCACUCCUCCCUCCGUCUUUCACUUUCUAACCCACCCAUUCCUUCUCGGCUGUGUAUGCCCUCCUCACUUACAGUAUGGAUUCAGGAGGGGAUGGAGGAGAGGGUUGGAUGGAGGACCAGUGGGAGAAAUGGCUGACUCAUGACAUUAGCCUGGACGAGUUUGAAGAUGACGACCUGUCAGAGAUCACAGAGAUCACAGACGAGUGUGGGAUGAGUCUAAACUGCAACGGCCCAGAUCUGAAAGGCCACGUAAGACGAGGAACCAAUAGUAUGUCGGGGAGGGCAGAGCUAGGAGCCGUUGGCCAGCUACAGGCAGAGAUUCUGCAUUUGGAUCUCAUAGAUGGCGCCGACGGUUAUCAUAGUGACCAGGAGUCACUGAAGGCAUCUGCUACUGCACCUCCACCAGUCACCAAGGACCCUAUAGCACCUGUUACCAUGGAUACCUAUCGGCCCAAGAGGCCCACGACCCUUAACCUCUUCCCAAUUGUUCCACGGACACAGGACACAUUAAACAACAACUCAUUUGGAAAGAAAUACAGUUGGCAGGAAAAAGUGUCGGGCUCGUCGUCUCCUUUAAAAACCGGUGAACUCAGCCCUCCACAUGAGCACAGCUGUUUGAGUGAUGAAGACAGGGUGCAAGGUGGGGGCGCACAGACCAAAGACUGUGGGACAUCAACAGACGCCCCGUGCCGGCACAGCUCUGUGCAUUCACAGAGCUCGACCUCAGCGGCAGUGACACGUUCCAAGCUGCAGGAGAAACCCCCAGACCCUCCUCCACCGCCCCGGAACUACACACCAGCACCUUUAUAUCCAGUGGGAAAAGUAAAAGCAGGGCAUCCCCGGGAGAGGACAAGGCAUCACACUGAUGUUCACCCUGAGCCCACAGAGGAGAUUUAUUUGACUCCCUUGCAGCGUUCUGCUGAGGCUCUAGAACCUUCGAACUCGCAGAACCGACCCUUCCUCUCACAACAGACUGAGCAGGGCCGCAUGUCCAUCAGCUCAGACACUGAGGGCCCACCUCCCUACCAGCCACACCCAGACCGGACCAAUCCCUCUAUCUAUGAGGAGGAAGAGGUCUAUGACCCCCCACCUUCGUACGCUUCCUGUGUAGAAUCACUCAUCACGCCACCGGCCGCCGUGCUCUCGGGUCGUUCCUCUCUUGCUUUGGACCUCAGCUUGAAGGGUUCAGCUACAGGAGCCGGAGUUAUGCUAAGAGCGGGCUCCUCAGUGGAAUAUGUGGACGCUACAGACGACAGCUACUGUGGAGAGGACGAGGACGUGGACAGAAUAAUGAUGGAUGGCAGACUGAGAAAGGGUGUAGGAAAGGAUGAUAGCAGUGCAGGUAGAAGAACUGCCCCACUUAGGACUUCCAUGUGCUCUGAGGCCAGCGGCCUCUCUUAUGACUCAGUCAAAUACACGCUGGUGGUGGACGAGCACUCUCAGCUCGAGCUGGUCAGUCUGCGUCAGUGUUACCAAGGCUACAGUGACGACAGUGACACGGCCACCAUCUAUGACAACUGUGUCUCCUCUCCCUAUGAGUCUGCAAUCGGGGAAGAGUUUGAGGAUGAUGAGGAGGAGGAUGGAACUGGAAUAGGAGGAGUGAGGAGAGAGGCAACCGCCUGUCUGUCUGAGGACUCUACUCCAGAAUCAGACCUGAACUUUUCUAAGAAAUUCCUUAAUGUUUUCCUGAACGGGCGUUCCAGUUCCUCCAGUGCAGAGUCCUUUGGCGUCUUCUCAUGUCUUAUAAACGGAGAGGAGAGAGACCAGAGCCACAAGGCCGUCUACAGGUUUGUUCCCCGACACGAAGAUGAGUUGGAACUGGAAGUAGACGAUCCGUUGCUGGUGGAGGUUCAGGCGGAGGAUUACUGGUAUGAGGGCUACAACAUGAGAACCGGUGCUCAUGGGAUCUUCCCUGCGUUCUAUGCUAUAGAAGUGGCAAAAGAUCCGGAGAAAUGCAAAGUCACAAGCAGUGAAUGGAUGGACAGCUACAACUUGAAGUUUCUGGGAUCAGUCCAAGUGCCAUUCCAUAAAGGAAAUGAUGUUCUGUGUGCUGCAAUGCAGAAGAUUGCAACCAACAGAAAGAUGACAGUCAAGUACAACCCACCCUCGUCCUGCAUCCUGGAGAUCAGCGUGAAGGGAAUCAAACUGGCCGUCCAGGAGGAUUAUUAUACUUGUGACGGAAGUAAUGAGUGCAGUCAUUUCUUCCAGUUGAAGAACGUCUCUUUCUGUGGCUAUCACCCCAAAAACAGCAAAUAUUUUGGUUUCAUCACUAAACACCCAGCGGACCAGAGAUUUGCCUGCCACGUGUUUGUGUCUGAAAACUCCACGAAACCCCUUGCAGAGUCAGUUGGGAAAGCCUUCCAGUUGUACUACAAAGAGUUUGUGGAGUUUUCAUGCCCUACAGAGGACAUCUAUUUGGAAUAGCACUGCCCUGACUCUCACCACAGCUACUUUACACUGUACAUAGCAUAUUUUGCAUGGAGGGCGAAUACAGUAUCACCUAAACUCAGAAACCUAAAAAAAACACUAACAACUGACAGAGUAGAAUAUAUCAAAUAUUUGGACUCAGAUGAGCCUCCUGUACUCAGAGUGAAAAACAUGCACCAAACUAGUGAUGUCUGUUUAGAAAGACACACAGAGAACAGUUGGUUGUGAAGUGUUGAUCAAAGGCUGUUUCCAGAUAACCGCAAAACGUUCAGCACACAAACAUUCAGUUCAUCCAUGUUUGCACAAGUGAAUAGAGUUCGUCCGUGUUGUUGACAAAAGUAACAUGGAACACUGGGAAUAAGAACAAGCUGCUGCACAUUUAUGCAGGUGUUUAAACACAGUCGUUGAUACAAAGAAAACUAAUAUGUGGCAAAAAGAUUCAGGAUCUGGUUGUACAUUCUGACAUCCACUAUCUGUAUUACAUUGUUCAAUAAUGACUCCUUAAAAGAAGGUGACGUUCUAGGCCUGUUUUAUUGUCUCGUAACCAGGGCCUCACUUUUUUGUAUGGCCACAACAGCUUGAUUUAGAUCUAGAUCUAGAUCUCGAUCUAGAUUAGAAAAGAAUAAUCGCUCGGCCGCCCACUGGUACAUACAGUGGGACAGAAAGUAUUUAGUUAGCCACCAAUUGUGCAAGUUGUCGCAUUUAAAAAGAUGAGUGAGGCCUGCAGUUUUCAUCAUAGGUACACUUUAAGGAUGAGAGACAGAAUGGGGGAAAGAAUCCAGGAAAUCACACUGAAGGAUUUUUAAUAAAUUAAUUGGUAAAAUCCUCUGUAAAAAGUAUUUGGUCAAUAACAAAAGUUCAUCUCAAUACUUUGUUAUAUACCCUUUGUUGGCAAUGACAGAGGUCAAAUGUUUUACACACUGUUGCUGGUAUUUUGGCCCAUUCUUCCAUGCAGACCUCCUCUAGAGCAGUGAUGUUUUGGGGCUGUCGCUGGGCAACACAGACUUUCAACUCCCUCCAAAGAUUUUCUAUAGUGUUGAGAUCUGGAGACUGGCUAGGCCACUCCAGGACCUUGAAAUGCUUCUUACGAAGCCACGUCGGGCAGUGUGUUCGGCAUUGUCAUGCUGAAAGACCCAGCCAUGUUUUAUCUUCAAUUUCCUUGCUGAUGGAAGGAGGUUGGCACUCAAAAACUCACGAUACUUGGCCCCAUUUAUUCUUUCCUUUACACGGAUCUGUCGUCCUGGUCCCUUUGCAGAACAACAGCCCAAAAGCAUGAUGUUCCCACCCCCAUGCUUCACAGUACAAUGUUGGUUUCAUCUGACACUCUCCUAUUCCUCUUCGGGACCAUCCAAAUGCUCUAGCAAACUUCAGACUGGCCUGGACAUCUACUGGCUUAAGCAGGAGGACACGUCUAGCACUGCAGGAUUUGAGUCCCUGGGGGCGUAGUGUGUUACUGAUGGUAGCGUUUGUUACUUUGGUCCCAGCUCUCUGCAGUUCAUUCACUAGGUCCCCCCGUGUGGUUCUAUAGAUUUUUGCUCACCGUUCUUGUGAUCAUUUUGACCCCAUGGGGGGAGAUCUGCGUGGAGCCCCAGAUCGAAGCAGUUUAUCAGUGGUCUUGUAUGUCUUCCAUUUUCUAAAAAAUUCUCCCAUACUUUUGCUUACUUGAUUACUUCACACCGAGUUCCCCCUUGUUGCAGAUUCAGUCUUCCCAGCCUGGUGCAGGUCUACAAUUUGCUCUUUAGUCUUGGUCACGGUGGAGUUUGGAGUGUGACUGUUCAAGGUUGUGGACAAGUGUCUUUUAUACUUUCAUACUUAUUCAUUCAUUAAAAAUCCUACAGUGUGAAUUCCUGGAUUCUUUCCCCCGAUUCUGUCUCGCAUAGUUAAAGUGUACCUAUGAUGAAAAUUACAGGCCUAUCUCAUCUUUUUAAGUGGGAGAACUUGCCCAGUUGGUGGCUGACUAAAUACUUUUUUGCCCCACUGUAUUUUCUAUUUCAACUCGGUGCCUGACAGGCUUCACUUGUUCCUCUCUGCUCCAAAUCAGUGGAAAAUACACACACAUGGCUGAGUCCUGAUACUUAUGAAAUACUUGUGAAGUUAGCUUCAUGUUACUGUAGUUAUGAUGAGAAAUCUGAUCCUGUCAUCAGUAAAUACAGGUCCAAGCAACGUAACGGCGUUUAUUUGGUAGAUUUCACAUUUAUUUGGUCAAUAUCACUUCUGAGUGACCACCAUUGUGUAGAAUGUUUUGAAUAAUAAAAGGCAGGAAGAUGAGUGAGGUUGGAAGAACUCAAUGAACUGUACUACAAUAAAAAAAAAAGUAUUGAUCCAAUAAAGUAUUGUUUUGUCAAUGCAGAGGAGGACAAAAUCAAGCAAAAAUAAAUAUAUCUGAGUUUUUAAAAAGGUACAGAUUGAAUGUACCAAUGAUAACCAGAAAAAUGACAUGGUGCAUGUUGAAUAUAUAUUUGUGAGUGUGGCUCGUUAGCCUGAAUUUGCCACUCCUGCCUUGUAACUGUAACUGUGACAGGAUGAGGUUAAAUAUUACAAGCCAUAAACUACCCUUUUGGUGAUCAGCACAGACUCACCUCCCAACUAUAAAACUGUUGAUAAAGUUAUAUUCAAACAGAGGUUACAGCUAAUCAAACCAUUACUUUGUCAUGGAAAGCUGAACAGAAUAAACAUGAUUGGUGCAUUACUGCCUACCUUAGUUACCACGGUCACUAGGGGGUGACGUGCCCAGGGUAAAUAUACAGUAUCUUACCCAAAGCCAACUGGGAUCGGCUGCGGCCAAUUGUAAACCUCCCAUCUCCGGGUAUUUCCAUACAGAGCUCUGUUGUUUGAUGUGGGUGAAAAAGUAUGACUUAAUGCCAUUAUCACUGGUGAAUGAUUAUCCUGGUCUUUUCUUUUUAAAAUCAAUGGGAUUAUAGUUAACUCUUCCAUUAAAGAGAACAGAUUUCAUAGUUAAAAAACCAAGGUAUUUUUCUUUUUUAUUGUUCAAAUUGAUGAAAAACAUUUGGGUCUUCUUUGGAAUAUUUUUGUGUUACUUUGCAUUUGUAAUCAUAUUCUGAGAAUAUUUCGAGACCAAAAAAAUGUUUAUUUUACAGACCCAAUUGUACAAUGUUUUGUUUAAAAAAUUCAGUUCAUAUUUAUUCACCGAGACUGUGCCCGCAGACCUCCAACAGCAGAGAUGCUGUUAAAUUGUUCAAAUUGACCGCAGUUCUCCUUUAAAGUCAUGAAGUGUUUUCAGGUGAAUAAAUCUUUCAAUUCCUGUCCAUUUGUAAAUGAAGCAUUUUUUACCUAAGUAUUAUUAAAAUGACCAGACUCAUGGCCAUUAAGACUGCAUUAAUGUACAUUUCACAUCUUUACUGAUUAGAAGAGAUAAUUCUACCAUCUCUGUAUGUCCUUUUCAGAUGAUAUAAUAACAGCAGUAGUUUACUGUAACCCCUCAGCACACACCCAUCAACAUGAAGACAUGUGGUCACUUUAAUAAAAUUCACAUCUCCUGAGGUCAAACAGUGGGAGAAAUUGUAUUUUAAUAGGUGUUGGAGAAAAGGGGGUGUAAAGAUAUGCCAUAUAUAAAUAUAUA